CUUUUUUGUCUUCUUUUUUUUUCUUGCUUGUAGCGUUGUGUGUGUAUAUUUAAAAGCGAAAGGACAAAAAAGAAAGAAGAUUACUUUGCUAUAGAACCACGUUGAAUUAUGCGUAUACCACUCAUCCUUUCUACUGCUUAAUCUUGUUUAUUAUUUGGAUUCCUUCUUGUAACAUACAUCUCCCCUUUUCUUUAUUAUCAUUAUUAUUAUCAUUAUUAUUUAGAUCGACUACCUUUAUUAUUAGACUGUACAAAAAAGAAAAAGAACACACACAUACAAAUAAACACACUUGGGAAAACAAAGCUAUUAUUAUUAUUAUAAAAAAGAACACAAUGCCAUCUGGAAAGCAGAAUCUCGAUCAGGUUCUUAUGCCAACUCUUUGUUUCGGUGACAUUAGUCGAGAUGAAAUCAAUACUGUACUCAAUAUUGCUGGUGUUCCCUUGACGCCUCCAACAAAGACUCCUUUUGUUACUGGUAUUCAACCUAGAAAACCCGUAGUCAUUCAUACCCCUAUUGUGAUUGAACAAAAACUCGAAUCCGUCCAUGCCACACCAACUUCUGUACCAGUUCAACAAGUUCAAUCUACACUCCAUGAACCAAAGCUUGCUUCUGCUAAACCUUCUACUGCGGCCGAGAAGCAGCCAAAGACAGCAACCAAUAAAAAAGAAUCUACCGCUAAACAAUCCGUUCAGAAACAGCAGCCAACACAGCAGCAACCUCAACAACCUCAACAACCUCAACAACAAGCACAGGAACCACCUUCUCCUCAACCAAAACCUAACAAUAAACCUGUCGUUUCGAGUUGGGCUUCUUUACUCAAGACGGCUGAUACAGUCAAGAAGCCAGCUUCACCUGCUGCUACUCAUGCAAUGACCAAUGGUAAACUUCAACAGUCUCAACAGCCCAACAAACCCUCCAAACCAUCUUCACCUACACCUUCUGUUGUUCCUAAAUUCACUGGUGUAGCAGAUAUCAUAAACAAAUAUGAGCCUAAUUACAGUGCUCCAUUGAUUCAACCGCGCGGUUUGAUUAAUAAUGUCAAUACUUGUUUUAUGAAUGUGAUCCUUCAACCAUUGUCUCAUUGUGCACCUUUUUAUAAUUUGAUCAAGACGAUUAGUAAUCAAGCAGCACAUAGCAUAAAGAGCAAAACACCUUUACUGGAUUCAAUUAUUGAAUUUAUCAAUGAAUUCCCUGCAGAGCGUCUUGAUCAAAUGGAACCUUAUGGAGAACCUUUUGUACCAGAAUAUGUGUAUAAUGCAUUACGUGGACAAAAGAAGUUUGAUACAUUACGUGGUCGACAAGAAGAUUCUGAGGAGUUUUUAUGUUUCUUGCUUGAUGGUCUACAUGAAGAAAUGACUUCUGUCUUGAACGACAAGCGAAAAGAAGCUGAAAACAGUGAAGAAUGGCUUGAAGUAGGUGCUAAAAAUAAGACGAGCAAUUUGAGAUCCACAGGGUUUGAAGAAUCGCCUGUUUCCAAGAUUUUUGGUGGUAAAGUACGUUCUGUCCUUCGCUGUCCAGGAGCCAAGGAUUCUAUUAACUUGGAACCUUUCCAAUCACUUCCUUUGGAUAUUCAGCCUGAUAAUGUACAUUCAAUUGAAGAUGCUAUUGCUAACAUGACAGUGCCUGAAACCAUGCACGAUUAUACUUCACCCAAGGGUAUUAAAGUAGAUGCAACAAAACAAGUCUAUCUUGAAAGUUUACCACCCGUCUUAAUUCUGCAUAUGAAGCGAUUUGUGUUUGAUGGAUUAUCUGGCAAUGUACAAAAACUAUCGAAAAAAGUCAAUUACAGCGCCAAACUCACCAUUGACCCUGAAUGGAUGGCAGCUGCAUCAAGACCCAAUGAGCCUUAUACGUAUCAAUUGUUUGGCUGUGUGUAUCACCAUGGUACUUCUGCUGGUGGAGGGCAUUAUACGUGUGAUAUCAAGCGUAGAAAUGGAGAAUGGCUUCAUAUUGAUGAUACAACAAUUACUUCUGUCUCUGAGCAAGAUGUUACUGAAGACAAUACCCGCACAUCUGAAAGAUUACAUGCUGAUCAAACAGCCUAUAUUUUAUUUUAUGUCAGAUCUUGUUAGUUUAAAUAAAUAUAUAUGUCUAUGUCCAUAGAGUGGCUUAUUUGA